AUGUCGCCCCAAAGACCAGCAUUCGAUGCCCUACCUCUGCGCAAAGAUGGACCUCCAGGGAAUGCUUGGGGGAUGUUUGGGGAUCAAGAUCAGAUGGGCAUGCUCAAUCUAUUGACGCCGGAGAAUACCGCCGCAGCUGCUCGCGAGAUUGUUGAUGGCAAGCGUGUCUCAACAGAUUGGGCUCUCAAUAGCAUGGCAACCCCCUGUUUUGGACGAUCUGCCUUUGAGCACAUUAUCAAGAACAAGGCUCCCCGAGCAGUCAACGAUGAUAUCUUGGUUUUUAAUACACAGAGUAGUAGCCAAUGGGAUGGCUUCAGACAUUAUGGAUCAAAACAAGGAACCUACUUCAAUGGGUGUACCCAGGAGGAUAUCCAGAAUUCCACUCGAAACGGCAUUCACGUAUGGGUCGAAAACGGCGGGAUUGUUGGGCGAGGCGUUCUCUUGGACUAUGCAGGCUGGGCAGCGGCGAACGGGAAAGAAGUGAAUUGCUUUGAAACCCAGUCAAUCCCGGCUACGGUGCUCCAAGAGGUAGCUGUUAGUCAGAACACCACAUUCCGACCGGGAGAUAUCCUAUUUAUUCGCACGGGUUGGACUCAAGCCUACGAACAGCUGUCACGGGCGCAAUGUCAGCAACUGGCCGAUUAUGCAGCACCCCCAGUAAUUGGGGUAGAAUCAUCCGAGGCCAUGCUGCGCUGGAUUUGGGAUCUUGAACUGGCUGCUGUAGUAGGAGAUAUGCCGAGCUUUGAAGCAUACCCAUGCCAGAAUCAGUCCUUUUUUCUCCAUGAGUGGUUGCUGGCAGGCUGGGGUGUCCCAAUCGGGGAAUUAUUCGAUCUCGAGCAGCUCAGCCAGGAGUGUCGGAAGAGAGAACGCUGGACUUUUUUCUUUAGUAGCGUGCCAUUAAAGGUGGAGAGAUUCCACUCCUAUUUCCCAAUCUUGAAACUGACCACAUUCAUCAGGUUCCUGGUGGAGUUGCAAGCCCCCCGAAUGGCAAAGAAAGAAAGAAAGAAAGAAAUGGUCCUUGGAAAUGCAGGCAUCACGCGUCGGUCAGAAGAUCGCUCAAGAAGGUCGAUGGUAGCCUGUAACCGCUGCCGGUCUAGAAAAACUCGCUGCGCCGGCAACCCACCCCACCCUUGUGCAGCAUGCGUGGAUGUGGGAAAGCAUUGUGUAUAUUCAGAGGCUGAAAAGCGAGUCUCCAUAACGGAAAGCUACUAUCGUCAAUUACAAUCGCAGGCUCCUGCGUCGCGAGAAGGUAGUCAUCCAACGCCGUCAAGUGAGCCAUCGAUAUCCAAUCGCUACUCGGAUGAGGGGCCACCAGAACGCGACGACUGGUGGUACAAAGGGACGGACAAUCUGUUCUUGAAUCGAUCUGGAGAACAUCAUUUCGUGGGUGCCUCGUCCACCACACAUCUCGCGAAACGGCUUAAUCCUGGCUCCAAAAACCUUGCAUGGGAUGUGCGCCCACUUUAUGAUGACCCUUCAUCAUUAAGAAGACCAGUUGGUGGCUCAUUGCCUCAAUUACCACCUUUCGAGUUUGCCAAGCGACUCUUCUGGGUACAAUACGCUUACAUCGGUACAAUCUUCUCCCUUAUUCAACCCUUGGAGUUUGAAGAACGGCUCGAUCUAGUCUAUCACCAACCACUUGACUUUUCACACCGUGAAUCCUGCCUAGUAUACUGCCAGACACUGUUGGUUAUUUCCUUUGGCCUGAUGUACAGUGUGAACCAAUGGAUUGGCGAGGAAGGUCCUCCAGGCUUCAAGUAUUUCAAACAUGCCUUACGUUUCUUGCCAGAUAUUCACGAAGAGGGCUCGAUUCUCUUUGUUGAGGUGCUAUGCUAUGUGGCAUACUAUAUGCAGAAUCUGAACAGGCGGGACGCAGCCUUCCUCUACAUCGGCCUUGCUCUGCGCAUGGCUAUUUCCCUAGGCCUACAUCAAGAGGUGUCUGAUCCCGCAAUAAGUGAAUCAGAUCGCAACCGUCGACGACGGGCUUGGUGGUCUGUCUACAGCUUAGACCGGCUACUCUCGGUCAAGUCUGGUAAUCCUAUUACGAUUCAUGAUGAAGACAUUGGGAUAACCUGGCCCACAACUGUAGGUGGAUCGAAUUUCGACCCAUGGCCAUCGACUGUUCUUACCCAUUAUACACAGCUGUCCCGUAUAUUGGGACGGAUUGGAGAAGAAAUUUACAGAAAGAAACCUGGAUCUGGAUCCAACCUCGUUGCUUCUGUCCAAAGUAUCACCAAUGACCUUUCUGGCUGGCUGCGACAGGUCCCAGACCGGCUCCGCAUCGAUUUUACUACCCUUGAUACCCAUAUCAACCGAGAGUCUGUCUCAAUCAACUUGCAUUUCUACUCAUGUGUGAACAUGACUGCACGCCCGUUGGUCUUCUAUAUCAUCCAACGGCGACUUGAUGCGGAAGCCCUUAGAUCCGCAACAGAAGAUUGGAAAGAAGGGCUGGCUCCCAAUACUGUCGCCGUCAUUGACAGCUGCAUCACAGCCGCGCGAGCAACCACUGUGAUCAUGGAUGCAGCUGCAAAACAUAAUCUCAUUGCUACAUAUGGAUACCUCGAUGGUGAAUAUAUAUUCUCCGCUGCACUCCUACUUGUCAUGGUGAAUGCUGCGUUUCCGCCUAAUGAAACCAGCGCCCGGGCCAUGGAGACCGCACUGAACCUUCUUCGAGGUAUGGCAGAUCGGGGAAAUACAUAUUUGGACUCGCGUCACUCAUUACUGUUGGAACUACGGGCGGCCAUUGGACCUAGACCUGCCGAAGAAAAGGAUACCGACACGACAAGUUCUCUUAUUGCAGGCCAAAAAGCCCCUGUGACGCCGAUGACCGAAAACGGUGGAAAUCCGUCAGACGAUAUUCCAGAUCCGAGUGCUGAGUUGGCAGCUUCACAGGUACUUAAUUAUAACUGGCCACAGCAGCCAGAUUUCCCUUCUUUCCGGGAUAUUGCCUUCCAGUUCGAUCUAAACGAUGAUCCAGCACUCUGGGAAGGUGCUUUGGAUCAAAUCGACAUUGAUAUGGAUACUGACUGGAUUGAGAAUACUUUAAAGCGAUAA